AUGGCCUCCAUCAGUAACUGCACUGAUGUGGAUGGCCUGAUGAAACUCUACUACCUACCUGUCGCAUACAGCCUCAUCUUUAUUGUGGGCCUGGUGGGAAACAUAACCUCCAUCAGCAUCUACUUAACAAAGUUACGUCCCUGGAAGAGCAGCAGCAUCAUCAUGGUCAACCUGGCUCUGUCCGACCUCCUCUAUGUCCUCACUUUGCCCUUCCUGGUCUACUACUACAGCAACAAGGAGUCAUGGAUACUCGGCGACUUCAUGUGUCGCUUGGUGCGCUUUGGCUUUCAUUUUCACCUUUAUGGGAGCAUCCUCUUCCUGACCUGCCUAGCUGUUUUUCGCUACGUGGUGGUGAUCCAGCCACUGAGGGCAGCUCAGGUGCAGCAGAAGUCUUGGGGCAUCAUUGCAUGCUCGGCCGUCUGGAUGAUUUCCGCUGUUGAAAUCAUACCAAUGUUUGAAAUUAUAUCCUUAAAAAAUGAGAACAAUACCUGUUUGGACUUUGCUAGCACAACCACAUACAGUUGUUUGCAGCACUAUGGCUGGGUACUCACUGCUUUAGGGUUUGCGCUGCCCCUGCUGGUGGUGUUUAUUUGUUACAUCGGUAUUGUAAAACAGCUGGCAAAAGGUCCCGACCCAAGCAGAUCGUACCGGAUGCGAGCCCGACGCAUCACUGUACUCAUCCUGGUCGUCUUUGUCAUGUGUUUCCUUCCGUAUCACAUUUUACGUGCAUUGUGGAUAGAAUUUCAAAUGAAUACAACAACUCAAUGCACGAAGCGCAUCGUGCAUGCAGCAUAUAUUUUCUCCAGGCCUUUGGCUGGACUCAACACGCUCUUUAACCUGGUUUUGUACACUCUCUCAGGUAAUAAAUUCAGGAGGGCCUUCCUGAGUGUUUUAUACUGGGACAACAAGGCCAGGUCACUCCUCCCCCUGCCCAUCAUUAACAAGGCAGGUAGUGACAGACUGGAUGCAUGACAUCAUGUAUUUCUUCCUCAUUCUUUGGCACACAGUGCAG